ACGCGGCGAAGCGAACUCUUUUUCAUUCGCCACCGCAACGCGCCAUCACAUAUCGUCUCUUCUUCACUCUCUUUCUUCUUCAAAAACACACUUUUUUUUUCUUCUCUCCAUAAACCCCUUUUUUUCUUUCUACAUCACUUUUGUCAACCAAAAAUCAGUGAAAAAGGCCCCAAAAUCCGUUUCUUUUAUUAUCUUGCAAUUAAUUGAGUAACUCAUUAAACGCAUCCCCUCUUUAAAAAAAAAGAAAAACAUUCACAAAAGGGAGUUACAUUUUGUUCCCCACCUCUUCCUUCUUCUUGUUCUUCAACUUGGGUCAUGAAAAAAUCUUGCACCUUUGAAGCAUUUUAAAAAUCCAGGAGGCACAAUAAAAUAUUGGGUGGUUGAACUUUGUCCCUUGAAACGAUCCUCUCUUUCUCUACCAUUUCUCUCUCCCAACCCUUUUCCCAUUUUUAGUUUUGAUUAACUUUUCUCUUGACACCCAUUAUGAUGCAAUGCUUCAAAUCCCUUCCCACAAGGAAAGUGGCAAGUUCUCCCCAAAAAAAUGAAAUCUUGGUUGAUUAAAUCACAUCUUAGCCACUUUAGCCAUAACCAUAAAGAAAAAAAAAAUGAUCUUUGGUCCCUUAUAUGACACAAUGAGAGAGACUUGAGAGCUUCCUAGGUAGAUAUCCAAAAGUACUAAAACCCAUUUCCUGAAUAAUCAUUCUCUUGCUUUGGGUUUCUGAGGGUUUUGUGUCACUUUCCGGGAAAAUCUCUGAGAAACGACAAUGCCCUCUUCCACCACUUCUUCAUCUUCCUCAUUCACAACCUCCUCCUUCACGUGUUGCUCUGCUGCUUCUCCUUCGAACCUCGAACGAUUUCUUCAAUGUGUCACACCCCAUGUUCCUUCACAGACUCUACCCAAGAGUUGCUUUAAUGAUGUAAAUCCCCUCUGGCAGCCGGUAGGCAAGGACACAAUUGAAUACUUCACUCUGCAAGAUCUUUGGGACUGCUAUCAUGAAUGGAGUGCAUAUGGUGCCGGCACUCCUGUGACGUUGGAGGAUGGCGAUACUGUGACUCAGUACUAUGUUCCAUAUCUUUCUGCUAUCCAAAUCUACAGCAACAAGUCUGUUGCAGCUUCUAGGAUUCGGAGAGAGGAUAGUGAUGGAGUUGAAUUUGAAAGUGAUUCAUGGAGUGAGGAUAGUGGAAGUGAUAAACUAUCCAGAUCAUUAAGUAACAAUUCCAGCAAAGGUUGGGAUGCUGCUUCUGAGGAUUCAAGCUCUGACCAGGAGGGUUCAUGGCAAAGGGACAAGCAUGGCUACCUUUACUUACAGUACACUGAGAUGGCUUCACCUUACUCAAGGGUUCCACUUGUGGAAAAGAUUGAUGAGUUAGCUAGAAGCCAUCCGGCGUUAAUGACAUUGAAGAGCGUGGAUCUUUCCCCAGCCAGUUGGAUGGCCGUUUCUUGGUACCCAAUUUAUACCGUCCCAAGCCGGAAAAAUGAAAAGGACUUGGAAGCAUGCUUUCUCACUUACCAUACACUGUCAUCAUCUUUCCAAGAUUGCACUAUGGAAUGUGAUGACAUUGACAUUGGGAAUGAUCUCUACUAUUCGAUCCAAGAAGAGAAAUGCAAGAAGCAGAAGAGUGAGCAUGUAUCUCUCCUUCCAUUUGGGCUAGCCACUUACAAAAUGCAAGGAGAAGUUUGGUUAAGCCCUGAUCCUUAUGAAUGUGAAAGGAGAUCCUAUCUGUACAAUGCAGCAGACUCAUGGCUGAAGCAGCUCAAUGUCCAUCACCAUGACUUCAACUUCUUCACCAUACACUCUACCUUGUAAAUUGCUUCAAACCUCCUCAUCAUCAUCACCAUUCACCAUGCAUGUCCCCUUCACUGACGUUGUUUAGCUUUGAACUCUGACACCGGCUAAGGAAGAAAGGUUCCCCUGAGGAGUUAUAUCUCAAAAGAGUCCAUAACCCCAUGCAAUGUAUAGUUUUGUUAAUGGAGGGUGAGUUUUUUUUUUUCUUUUUAAAAAAAAUUUACUAAUAGAUUGCUGAAGGUAACUAAACUAUGACAUAUAUAUUUUGUACUAUAGUUCUUUUCUUAUUCUCCAAACUUGUCAUCAAGUUGAAUUUUGUAUAUCUUGCUACUUUCUUUUAAUCUUAGUGGCAGAAGGAACUAGUGUCGUUUAGAUCAACUUAACGAUAAUGGGAUGGGACCCAAUCUAGCAUUGUUGUUAUAUCAUGCUUUGUUCAGUUGUUUUAUUUAUGGUUUAAUUA